AUGUGGAUAUACUGCAGCAAGAAGUGGCAGCAGCAGCAGCCACGAGCCGGAACCUGCGCGCCGAAACUUCGGCCGGAGCGACGCCGGCGUGAUGACGUAGAUGCCGCACGUUCCCGCGUCCGGUUUCCACGGCAACGGCCGCCGCGGCAUUACCUCGCCCUAGGCAUGGAGGACGGCAGGAUGGCGAAUCCCCAUAGCCGAGUGGUGAGGGUGGUGCAGGGACCCAAGCCGUUUUCCUUCGCCAUAACAUGCUUCCUCUUACAGAGGGCCAAAUUUCCCAAACCAAAUGACGCCAUGAAGCAAAUCCUCCUCUGGAGGGAGCAAGAGAAACUGCGCCAAGCGGCCGCAACGUACGCAAAGUCCCAUCUCCUCGGCCGCCAGAUCAUCGAAAGGGAGGAUCGGAAUGAGCGAAAACAGUUCCACCGGAUCGUACAGAAGAGGGUUGGUGUUGAAAUGCAGGCCUACCUGGCAGGACAAGAGGAGAGGAAAGAAAGGCUUCGGGAUCUCCUGGAAGCCGAGGAAAAGUGUUACCUAGCUGCAAUAGACUCACUCGGAGAAACUAUGGAGGACAGGCGAGUGAACAUAGGAGCAAAAGCAAAAUUGCUGAGAGAUAAGAGGGAAGAAGCUCGGCGGAAGCUUGUGGCAGAAAAAAGGGAUCAACAGUUCAGAGCAACUUGUGAGGAUGCACGGACACAGUGGAGCAAGAAGCAUCUGAUGGAGAUAUGUGAGGACCGGCUGGCCCAGCUGGCCCUGAAGGAGGAACUAAAGAAGCAACAAGCAAGGGAGGAGGCGGCCUUCGAGGCUCUUUGGGAAGAGGACAGGCUGGCCAAGGAGAAGCGGGCAGCGGAGGAAGAGCAGAAGAGAGCAAGGUGGACUGACAGCCAGAAAAACCUCCUUGAUGCUCAGCAGACUGUGGCGGAAGCUCAGCGGCAGGAGGCGAGGCGGCUGAAGGAAGAAGAGGCGAAGCUGAUGGAAGAAGAACGUCAGCUGAUGAAACUGGAGAACGAGCGAGCCGAGAUUGAGCGGAAGCGGAAGCUGAGGGAGUGCAGAGACAUGCUGCUGGAUUCCAUGGAGGAGAAGAAGAGGCGUCUCCGCGAAGAGCAGGAAGAGGAGCUGGCUUUAGAUAUGAAGAUCCUGGAUCACAUCAUGAAAGGAUCCCAGGAGGAGACAGAGAACCAAAAGAAAAGGAAAAAAGAGCUCUUGAAAGAGCAGCAGAUGUUUAAGGCCUACCUGGCUCAGCUGAGGGAGGACGAGCGGCGACAGGAAAAAGAGCUGGACAAGCUGCGGGCGGAAGAGACAGCCCGGAUGUGGGCAAGGAGAGCCGCAAAGGAGAAGGCCAUGAAGGAGGCCAGGGGCCGCUUGCUCACGGAAGUAAUGGACACGAGGAGGCUUCAGCUGGAGGAGAAACUGCAGAGAAAUGCCCAAGAACAAGAGGCACUGAAUCGGGACAGGGAAUUGUUAAACGAAGCCCUUCUAGAAUUCAACCGUCUGGAAGAGGAGAAAUAUGCAAGGCGCACACAGCAAGCAAAGGUGUAUCAGGAAGAACUCAAUGCUCAGAUCAAUUACAACAAGCAAGCCCGCGAUCUUGAGAAGGAAGAAGAACGGCGCCGAUAUGCUUUGUCCCUGGAAGCGGAAAGGCUUUACCAGCAGAAGAUAGCGGACAUCAUUGCAAGACCUUACAUGAAGCUGUCAGAUCUCCAUCCUUUGCGGAGGUACCUUGCCAGCAGUUCUUAAUCUUAGACUCCAACCAAUUUCCUUUGUAUAGAUCUAUAUUUAUAAUUCACUGCAUUUAAAACUCUCAAGUGCAGCUGAAGCAUCUUCUGCUUGUGUACACUGACUGGAGGGGAAGAAGACUCUAGAAUACCACCGUUCCUAGCUUCUUUCCUUGGUCAAGCAAAACCUCCUUUUAAAAAUAAAAUGCUGUCGAAAGUUUAACGUUUUAAAUAAAGAACGUUGCAUGGUGAAAUUGAA